AUGGAAGGUUUCAGCCUGAUAAAACGUCAGAACUGUGGUGGUUUGGUGCAGGGACCGAAUGGCACCAUCGAGAGCCCCGGCUUCCCCCACGGGUACCCAAACUACGCCAACUGCACCUGGAUGGUGAUCGCUGGAGAGCGUAACAGGAUCCAGCUCUCCUUCCACACCUUCGCGCUCGAGGAGGACUUCGACAUCCUGUCGGUCUACGAUGGACAGCCCCAGCAAGGGAAUCUGAAAGUGAGGUUGUCGGGAUUUCAGCUGCCCUCCUCUAUCGUGAGCACGGGCUCCAUUCUGACGCUGUGGUUCACAACGGACUUUGCUGUCAGUGCCCAGGGUUUCAAAGCCCUGUACGAAGUUUUACCCAGCCAUACCUGCGGGAACCCCGGGGAAAUCCUGAAAGGCGUCCUGCACGGUUCGCGCUUCAACAUAGGAGACAAGAUCCGGUACAGCUGCCUGUCGGGCUACAUCCUGGAGGGUCACGCCACCCUGACCUGCAUCGUCAGCCCUGGGAACGGCGCCUCCUGGGACUUCCCGGCUCCUUUCUGCAGAGCCGAGGGCGCCUGUGGCGGCACCCUGCGUGGGACCAGCAGCUCCAUCUCCAGCCCGCACUUCCCCUCCGAGUACGACAACAAUGCCGACUGCACCUGGACCGUGCUGGCCGAGCCGGGGGACACCAUCGCCCUGGUCUUCACCGACUUCCAGCUGGAGGAAGGGUACGAUUUCCUGGAGAUCAGCGGCACAGAAGCUCCAUCCAUAUGGCUCACAGGCAUGAACCUCCCUUCCCCAGUGAUCAGCAGCAAGAACUGGCUACGGCUUCACUUCACCUCUGACAGCAACCAUCGGCGGAAGGGCUUCAACGCACAGUUCCAAGUGAAAAAGGCGAUUGAACUGAAGUCGAGAGGAGUCAAGAUGCUACCCAACAAGGACAGCAGUCGUAAGAACUCUGUCUUGGGCCAGGGAGGCGUUGCGCUGGUCUCUGACAUGUGUCCAGACCCUGGGACCCCGGAAAACGGCCGGAGAGCAGGCUCUGACUUCAGUCGGGUUGGCGCAAGCGUACACUUCUCCUGUGAGGACAAUUACGUGCUCCAGGGACCCAAGAGCCUGACCUGCCAGAGAGUCACGGAGACCUUGGCAGCCUGGAGCGACCACCGGCCCACCUGCAGAGCCAGGACGUGCGGCUCGAAUCUGCGGGGGCCCAGUGGUGUCAUCACCUCACCCAACUACCCGGUUCAGUACGAAGACAACGCGCACUGCGUGUGGGUCAUUACAGCCUCGGACCCGGACAAGGUCAUCAAACUUGCCUUCGAAGAGUUCGAGCUGGAAAGAGGCUACGACACUCUGACGGUCGGUGAUGCGGGAAAAGUGGGGGACACCCGCUCGGUCUUGUACGUCCUCACGGGGUCCAGAGUUCCUGAUCUCAUCGUGAGCAUGAGCAACCAAAUGUGGCUGCACCUGCAGUCCGACGACAGCAUCGGCUCACCGGGGUUCAAAGCCGUGUACCAAGAAAUUGAGAAGGGGGGCUGUGGGGACCCCGGCAUUCCGGCCUACGGGAAGCGGACUGGCAGCAGCUUCCUGCACGGGAACACACUGUCCUUCGAGUGCCAGGCGGCCUUCGAGCUGGUCGGGGAGAGGGUCAUCACCUGCCAGCAGAACAACCAGUGGUCGGGCAACAAGCCGAGCUGCGUGUUCUCGUGUUUCUUCAACUUCACGGCCUCCUCUGGGAUUAUCCUGUCCCCGAACUACCCGGAGGAGUACGGAAACAACAUGAACUGCGUCUGGUUGAUUAUCUCGGAGCCCGGGAGCAGAAUCCACCUCAUCUUCAAUGAUUUCGACGUGGAGCCUCAGUUUGACUUCCUGGCCGUCAAAGAUGACGGGCUCUCUGAUAUCACCGUCCUUGGCACAUUUUCGGGCAACGAAGUGCCUGCCCAGCUGGCCAGCAGCGGGCACGUGGUGCGCUUGGAGUUUCAGUCCGACCACUCCACCACCGGCCGAGGGUUCAACAUCACCUACACCACGUUUGGUCAGAACGAGUGCCAUGAUCCCGGCAUUCCUGUGAAUGGGCAGCGAUUCGGAGACCGGUUUCUGCUGGGGAGCUCCGUGUCCUUCCACUGCGAGGAUGGCUUUGUGAAGACCCAGGGAUCGGAGUCCAUCACCUGCGUCCUGCAGGACGGGAAUGUGGUGUGGAGCUCCACGGUGCCGCGCUGUGAGGCUCCGUGUGGAGGACACCUGACAGCGUCCAGUGGAGUCAUUCUGCCCCCUGGGUGGCCUGGGUAUUACAAAGAUUCCUUAAGUUGUGAGUGGAUCAUCGAAGCAAAACCAGGCCAUUCCAUCAAGAUAACAUUCGAUAGAUUCCAGACGGAAGUCAAUUACGACACGCUGGAGGUGCGGGAUGGGGCGGCCAGCUCCUCUCCGCUGAUCGGAGAGUACCACGGCACGCAGGCACCACAGUUCCUCAUCAGCACCGGCAACUUCAUGUUCCUGCUCUUCACCACUGACAGCAGCCGUUCCAACGUGGGCUUCCUCAUCCACUAUGAGAGCGUGACCCUGGAGUCCGACUCCUGCCUGGACCCCGGCAUCCCCGUGAACGGCCGUCGGCAGGGCAGCGACUUCGGCAUCGGCGCCACGGUGACCUUCAGCUGUGAGCCGGGGUACACGCUGAGCGACGACGAGCCCCUGCUGUGCGAGCAGAGCCACCAGUGGAGCCACGCCCUGCCCAGCUGCGACGCUCUGUGCGGCGGCUACAUCCACGGGAAGAGUGGGACUGUCCUUUCUCCUGGAUUUCCAGACUUCUACCCAAACUCCCUCAACUGCACGUGGACCAUUGAAGUCUCUCACGGAAAGGGAGUGCAGAUGGUCUUCCACACCUUCCACCUGGAGAGCUCCCACGACUACUUGCUCAUCACAGAGGACGGGAGCUUCUCCGCGCCCGUGGCCAGGCUCACGGGCUCCGUCCUGCCGCACACCAUCAAGGCGGGGUUGUUUGGGAACUUCACAGCCCAGCUUCGCUUCAUCUCAGACUUCUCCAUCUCCUACGAGGGGUUCAACAUCACAUUUUCAGAGUACGACCUGGAGCCGUGCGAUGACCCCGGCGUCCCCGCCUUCAGCCGCAGGAUCGGCUUCCACUUCGGCGUGGGCGACGCACUGACCUUCUCCUGCUUCCCCGGGUACCGCUUGGAAGGGGCCACCAGGCUGACCUGCCUGGGCGGGGGCCGCCGUGUGUGGAGUGCACCUCUGCCAAGGUGUGUGGCUGAAUGUGGAGCACGUGUCCGAGGAAACGAAGGAACAUUACUGUCUCCAAAUUUCCCAUCCAAUUAUGAUAACAACCACGAGUGCAUCUAUAAGAUAGAGACAGAGGCCGGCCAGGGCAUCCGCCUCAGCGCGCACGGCUUCCAGCUGUCCGAAGGGGACGUGCUCAAGGUUUAUGACGGAAAGGACAGCUCAUCCCGCCUGCUGGGAGCCUUCACGAAGACCGAGCUGCUGGGGCAGGUUCUCACCAGCACGUCCAACCACCUGUGGCUGGAGUUCAACACCAAUGGCUCAGACACGGCCCAGGGCUUCCAGCUCACCUACACCAGCUUCGACCUGGUGAAGUGUGAGGACCCCGGGCUGCCCAGCUACGGGUACAAGGUGCGCGACGGGGGCCACUUCGCGGACACGGAGGUGGAGUUCAGCUGCAGCCCCGGCUACGCCAUGCACGGGAGCAGCACGCUCACCUGCCUCAGUGGGGACCGCCGCGUCUGGGACCAGCCGCUGCCGUCCUGCGUGGGUCUCCUGAGCUCGCGGGGACGGGGCGUUACCAGGAGAAAGGUUCACGUGUACAAGGCUUACCUGGCAGGACGGGCGAGGGCCGAGCUGUGGUGCGGCAGGAGGGCUGGGCGGCCACAGGGCCCCCGAGCACCGGGAGGGGGUGGACGCCGGCUCUCCCACGGAAGCCGUCCCCCAGAUGCUGUCCGCGCCUCUGAUGUGGCCUGCCUGUUCUUUGCAGCCUCCAUCGCUUCCACCUGCAAUGAUCCCGGGACGAUGCAGAACGGGACCCGCUACGGUGACAGCAGGGAGCCCGGUGACACCAUCACCUUCCAGUGCGACCCUGGCUACCAGCUCCAAGGACAGGCCAAGGUCACCUGUGUGCAGCUCAACAGCCGGUUCUUCUGGCAGCCAGACCCUCCGACCUGCAUAGCUGCGUGUGGAGGGAAUCUCACAGGACCGGCGGGUGUCAUUUUGUCCCCCAACUACCCCCAGCCCUACCCCCCUGGGAAGGAGUGCGACUGGCGGAUAAAGGUGAACGCGGACUUCGUCAUCGCCUUGAUAUUCAAAAGUUUCAACAUGGAGCCGAGCUACGACUUCCUGCACAUCUACGAAGGUGAGGACUCCAACAGCCCCCUGAUUGGGAGCUUCCAGGGCUCCCAGGCCCCGGACAGGAUCGAGAGCAGCGGGAACAGCCUCCUGCUGGCCUUCCGCAGCGAUGCCUCCGUGGGCCUGUCCGGCUUUGCCAUUGAGUUUAAAGAGAAACCUCGGGAGGCUUGCUUUGACCCCGGGAACAUAAUGAACGGGACGAGGAUUGGAACUGACUUCAAACUAGGCUCCACGGUUACGUACCAGUGUGACUCGGGCUACAAGAUUGAGGACCCCGCGUCCAUCGCGUGUGUGAUCGGGGCCGACGGCAAGCCCUCCUGGAACCGCGGGCUGCCCACCUGCAAUGCUCCCUGUGGGGGUCAGUACACGGGCUCCGAGGGGGUGGUCCUGUCACCCAACUACCCCCACAACUACACCGCGGGACAGGUCUGCCUCUACUCCAUAACCGUCCCUAAGGAAUUUGUGGUCUUCGGGCAGUUCGCCUAUUUCCAGACGGCGCUGAGCGACCUGGCAGAGCUGUUCGACGGGGCACACCCACAGGACAGACUUCUCAGCUCGCUCUCCGGCUCUCAUUCUGGUGAGACCCUGCCUCUGGCCACGUCCAACCAGAUUCUGCUUCGAUUCAGCGCCAAGAGCGGAGCGUCGGCCCGCGGCUUCCACUUUGUGUACCAGGCUGUUCCUCGUACCAGCGACACGCAGUGCAGCUCUGUCCCCGAGCCCCGGCACGGCAGGAGGAUCGGCUCCGAGUUCUCAGCAGGUUCGAUUGUGAGGUUUGAGUGCAACCCAGGGUACCUGCUCCAGGGCUCCACAGCCAUCCGCUGCCAGUCUGUGCCCAACGCACUGGCCCAGUGGAAUGACACGAUCCCGAGCUGCGUGGUUCCCUGCAGUGGUAAUUUCACUCAGCGAAGAGGUACCAUCCUGUCCCCGGGCUAUCCUGAGCCAUAUGGAAACAACCUGAACUGUGUGUGGAAGAUCAUCGUUACAGAGGGCUCUGGAAUCCAGUGUGGUGUAGUUCUGUCACCAUGGAGACAAUAUGGUACAGGUCUAACGUUCACCCUGGAGACAGUGUGGUGUAGUUCUGUCAUCCUGGAGACAGUGUGGUGUAGUUCUGUCACCCUGGAGACAGUGUGGUAUAGUUCUGUCACCCUGGAGACAGUGUGGUAUAGUUCUGUCACUCUGGAGACAGUGUGGUGUAGUUCUGUCACCCUGGAGACAGUGUGGUGUAGUUAUGUCACUCUGGAGACAGUGUGGUAUAGUUCUGUCACCAUGGAGACAGUAUGGUAUAGUUCUGUCACCCUGGAGACAGUGUGGUGCAGGUCUGAUGGUCACCCUGGAGACAGAACCACGGUGCCAGCACUGCUGAACAGCACGUCCAACCAGCUCUACCUGCACUUCCAGUCCGACAUCAGUGUGGCCGCUGCUGGCUUCCAUCUGGAAUACAAAACUGUGGGGCUCACUGCGUGCCAAGAGCCAACCCUGCCUAGCAAUGGCAUCAAGAUUGGAGACCGCUACAUGGUGAAUGACGUGCUGUCCUUCCAGUGUGAGCCCGGCUACACUCUGCAGGGCCGUUCGCACAUCUCCUGUAUGCCGGGGACCGUCCGUCGGUGGAACUACCCCUCUCCCCUAUGCAUUGCCACCUGCGGGGGGACGCUGACCAAGCUGGGUGGAGUGAUCCUGAGCCCCGGCUUUCCCGGAGCGUACCCCAACAACCUGGACUGCACCUGGAGGAUAUCCCUGCCUGCGGGCUACGGUGUACACAUUCAGUUUCUGAAUUUCUCCACGGAAGCUAACCACGACUACCUGGAGAUUCAGAACGGGCCUUACCACACCAGCCCCAUGAUCGGGCAGUUCAGCGGCUCGGACCUGCCGCUCGCCUUGCUGAGUACCACACAUGAGACCCUCAUCCGCUUCUACAGCGACCACUCGCAAAACCGGCAGGGGUUCAAGCUUGCUUACCAAGCCUACGAGCUGCAGAACUGCCCGGACCCACCCCCGUUCCAGAACGGGUACAUGAUCAACUCAGACUUCAGCGUGGGGCAGGCCAUCUCCUUCGAGUGUUACCCGGGGUACGUGCUGCUGGGCCAGCCCGUGCUCACCUGCAGACACGGCCCCGACCGGAGCUGGAACUUCCCCUUCCCGCGCUGUGAUGCGCCCUGCGGGUACAACGUGACCGCCCACAACGGCACCAUUUACUCCCCCGGCUUCCCGGACGAGUACCCCGUCCUGAAGGACUGCCUGUGGCUCAUCACCGUGUCCCCGGGCCACGGCGUCUACAUCAACUUCACCUUGCUGCAGACGGAGGCCGUGAACGACUACAUCGCCGUCUGGGAUGGUCCUGACCAGAAUUCACCUCAGCUCGGGGUUUUCAGUGGAAAUACAGCCCUGGAAACAGCGUACAGCUCCUCCAACCAGGUCCUGCUCAAGUUCCACAGCGACUUCUCCAACGGAGGCUUCUUUGUCCUCAAUUUCCACGCAUUUCAGCUGAAGAGGUGCCCGGCCCCUCCCGCGGUCCCCCAUGCCGACCUGAUUGCCGAGGAUGAGGACUUCGAGAUUGGAGACUUUGUGAAGUAUCAGUGCCACCCUGGCUACACCUUAUCUGGAAGUGACACGCUCACCUGCAGACUCAGCUCCCAGCUGCAGUUCCAGGGCUCGGUCCCCUCCUGUGAAGCACAAUGCCCAGCAAAUGAAGUCCGGACAGAAUCUUCUGGAAUAAUCCUCAGCCCUGGGUAUCCAGGCAACUAUUUUAACUCCCAGACUUGCUCCUGGAGCAUUAAAGUAGAACCAAACUUCAAUAUUACUAUCUUUGUGGACACAUUUCAAAGUGAGAAACAAUUCGAUGCGCUGGAAGUGUUUGACGGCUCUUCCGGACAGAGUCCUCUGUUAGUUGUCCUAAGUGGGAACCACACUGAGCAAUCCAAUUUCACCAGCAAGAGCAACCAGCUGUACCUCCGCUGGUCCACUGACCACGCAACCAGUAAGAAGGGAUUCAAGAUUCGCUAUGCAGCCCCGUACUGCAGCCUACCUGCCACGCUGAGGAACGGCGGCAUCCUGAACAGGACAGCAGGGGCAGUUGGAAGCCAAGUUCAUUACUUUUGCAAGCCUGGCUACCGGAUGAUCGGCCUCAGCAACGCCACCUGCAGACGGAGCCCAGCGGGCAUCUGCCAGUGGGACUCCCCCGCGCCUCUGUGCCAGGCGGUGCCCUGCCCCAGCAUCGAGGCCCAGCUGUCAGACCACGUCCUCUGGAGGCUGGUGUCGGGGUCAAUGAAUGAGUACGGGGCCCAGGUCCUGCUGAGCUGCAGCCCUGGCUACUUCUUAGAAGGCCGCAGGCUCCUUCAGUGUCAGGCAAAUGGUACGUGGAACACCGGACAAGAGAGACCCAGGUGUAAAGUCAUCUCCUGUGGAAGCCUGUCCUCCCCUCCCAACGGUAACAAGAUCGGGACGCUGACCAUGUACGGAGCCACGGCCAUCUUCACCUGCAACACGGGCUACACACUCGUGGGCUCCCAUGCCAGGGAGUGUCUGGCAAACGGCCUGUGGAGCGGACCCGAGACGCGGUGCCUGGCCGGGCACUGUGGCUCCCCGGACCCCAUCGUGAACGGGCACAUCAGCGGGGACGGCUUCAGCUACCGAGACACCGUCGUCUACCAGUGCAACCCCGGCUUCCGGCUGGUGGGGACCUCGGUCAGGAUCUGCCUGCAGGACCACAGGUGGUCGGGCCAGACGCCCGUCUGCGUCCCGAUCACCUGCGGACACCCCGGAAACCCUGCCCACGGCACCACCAAUGGCACGGAGUUCAACCUGAACGACCUCGUGAACUUCACCUGCAACACGGGCUACUUGCUGCACGGAGCCUCCCGCGCCCAGUGCCGGAGCAGCGGCCAGUGGAGCAGCCCUCUGCCCGCGUGUCGAGUGGUGAACUGCUCUGACCCAGGCUUCGUGGAGAAUGCCGUUCGGCACGGGCAGCAGACAUUCCCUGAGAGCUUCGAGUACGGAAUGAGCGUCCUGUAUCACUGCAAGAAGGGCUUUUACCUGCUGGGGUCCUCGGCCUUGACCUGCAUGGCCAAUGGCCUGUGGGAUAGGUCUCUACCCAAGUGUCUGGCCAUAUCGUGUGGGCACCCUGGGGUUCCAGCCAAUGCUGUGCUCACCGGAGAGCUGUUUACGUUUGGUGCCACGGUCCGGUACUCCUGCGAAGGGGGCCAGACCCUGACCGGGAACAGCACGCGGGUCUGUCAGGAGGACAGUCGCUGGAGCGGAGCCCCGCCCCACUGCUCAGGAAGUCACCCUGGGUUUUGCGGUGACCCCGGGACCCCGGCGCACGGGUCUCGGCUCGGGGACGAGUUUAAGACCAAGAGUCUCCUGCGCUUCUCCUGUGAGAUGGGCCACCAGCUGCGGGGCUCGGCGGAGCGGACGUGCCUGGCCAACGGCUCCUGGUCCGGAGUGCAGCCCGUGUGCGAAGCUGUGUCCUGUGGGAACCCCGGCACCCCGACCAACGGCAUGAUCAGCAGCAGCGACGGCAUCCUCUUCUCCAGCUCCGUCGUCUACGCGUGCUGGGAAGGCUACCGGACCUCGGGGCUCACCACCCGGCACUGCACAGCCAACGGGACCUGGACGGGCACGGCGCCGGACUGCACGAUCAUAAGUUGCGGGGACCCAGGCACGCUACCGAACGGCGUCCAGUUUGGGACGGACUUCACCUUCAACAAGACAGUGAGUUACCAGUGCAACCCUGGGUACCUGAUGGAGCCCGCAGCCUCUGCCACCAUCCGCUGCACCAAGGACGGCACCUGGAACCAGAGCAAGCCCGUCUGCAGAGCGGUCCUGUGCAGCCAGCCCCCUGCGGUGCCGCACGGGCGUGUGGAGGGCGCAGACUUCCACUGGGGCUCCAGCGUGAGUUACAGCUGUGCCGACGGCUACCAGCCCUCCCACUCGGCCAUCCUGUCCUGUGAAGGCCGCGGGGUGUGGAAAGGAGAGGUGCCCCAGUGCCUGCCUGUCUUCUGUGGAGACCCCGGGGUCCCCGCCGAGGGGAGGAUCAGUGGGAAAAGCUUCACCUACAACUCCGAAGUCUUCUUCCAGUGCAAAUCUCCAUUUAUACUGGUGGGGUCCUCCAAAAGAGUCUGCCAGGCGGAUGGCACGUGGAGUGGUGUUCAGCCCACCUGCAUAGAUCCUGCACACAACACCUGCCCGGACCCUGGCACACCCCACUUUGGAAUACAGAACAGCUCUAGAGGAUAUGAGGUGGGAAGCACCGUGUUCUUCAGAUGCAGGAAAGGGUACCAUGUCCAGGGCUCCACCACCCGCACGUGCCUGGCCAACCUCACGUGGAGUGGGAUCCAGACGGAGUGCAUACCUCAUGCCUGCCGGCAGCCGGAGACCCCAGCGCACGCGGACGUGAGGGCAAUCGAUCUCCCGGCCUUUGGUUACACGCUCGUGUACACCUGCCACCCGGGGUUCUUUCUUGCGGGAGGUUCGGAACACAGGACCUGCAAAGCUGACAUGAAGUGGACAGGGAAGUCUCCGGUUUGUAAAAGUAAAGGAGUGAGAGACGUUAAUGAAACAGUUACUAAAACGCCAGUUCCUUCAGAUGUGUUUUUCGUCAGUUCAGUGUGGAAAGGAUAUUACGAAUACACAGGCAGAAGGCAGCCGGCCACCCUGACUGUUGACUGGUUCAACGCAACCAGCAGCAAGGUCAACGCGACCCUCACAGCAGCCCCGCAGGUGCAGCUGGAGCUGACAGGGGUCUACAAGAAGGAGGAAGCUCACCUCCUGCUGAAAGCUGCUCACAUCAAAGGCCCAGCAGACAUUUUUGUGAGCAAGUUUGAAAACGACAACUGGGGCCUGGACGGUUAUGUGGCCUCGGGGCUGGAGAGAGGCGGCUUCACCUUCCAGGGUGACGUGCAUGGAAAAGACUUUGGGAAGUUCAAGCUAGAGAGACAAGAUCCCUCCAACUCUGAUCCAGAUUCUUCGAGUCGUUACCACGGCACCAGCGGUGGCUCUGUGGCGGCUGCCAUUCUGGUCCCGUUCUUUGCUCUAAUUUUAUCAGGGUUCGCAUUUUACCUCUACAAACACAGAACAAGACCAAAAGUCCAGUACAAUGGGUAUGCUGGACAUGAGAGCAGCAAUGGACAAGCUUCCUUUGAAAACCCCAUGUAUGAUACAAACUUAAAACCCACAGAGGCCAAGGCUGUGAGGUUUGACACGACUCUGAACACAGUGUGUACAGUGGUAUAG